AUGGAUCCUAAAGUGGAGAGUCAAACAAAUGUGCCAUCUGGCGCAGAGGCAGAGCAGCCCAAGGCAGGAGAGGCACAAGCAACUGUGGAGAACGGUAAUACUUCAGCUCCGGAUGCUCAGGUGAAGUCCCAAGCGUCCUCCGAAGAUGUGGUAGCGCAGUCGUCAGAAGACUUCAGCGGAAAGCUUCAGGCCAACUCAGGCAUUGUGAGCUUCGGAGACUCUGCUGCUGGAAGUGGUGCGUUCAACAGUAUGGACGUGCAGAACUUUCUCCAGCGUUACGCAACGAGCAAGAUGUUUGGAGUUCCGCCGCAUUUCUUCCAAAGCAGAGAAAGCCUCCGAGUCUGGGGAGCUGACCACCUCACCGAUCCCAUGGUGCAGCCUUACGAGAAAGACGAUCAGAACCUACCCAAUCCCUUUCAUGUUUCGCUACCUGGGUACUCUCCGUCUCUCUGCAAGUACGUUCUGACCAAGGGCGAGAAGCCUCCCCGCGAUCCCCUCCUCGGACCUGAGAUUACCAUUUACCCGCCUACGUGGAUUCCGCACUGGGAACCCGAUCCCAAUUUCAAGCCACAGGCUUACAAUUUCAACUGGGAGGAGAACGGCACAUUUCAGAUGGAACGGUUGCCGUACGCGAAAGCGGUCUUCGAUCCAGCAGACGGCUCAGCACACGGCAUGUACAAGCAAGCCUACCCUUACACAGCGUAUCCAUACGGUGUUCCGCGCGUCUAG